GCAUAAUGUCAUGAGUGUUGUAUUGGUGUGUUUAUGGUGUGUAAAACGAAAACCGGCUAGUUAAUCAAGUGCAUUGAAGAAUUUAGUCGUUGCAUACUUAUUUGGAUUUUUCAGUUCAAUCCACCGAAUGUUUAAGGUAUAAUAGUUAUCGUAAUAAUAUGAUUACGGAGCAGACCUGGAGCAUGAUGCUUGACUGCAGCGACGGUUCUAGCGUUAGCGAGCUUGGAAUAUCACCGAGGAAACAGCUUUGGAUAAAAGCAGUAAAGAAAUUGACUUCAGAACGUCUUGGAAGAGAGGCGCUCGCAGCUUGGGAAGAUCGUAAACCACCAACAGAAGAUGAAGAACCAAUUGAAGCUGAAAAAUUAUCUUCAAAUUUAGAAUUAGCGAAUAAUAAUGAUCAUAAUCUAAGAAAUCUGAAAUUAGAUGAAGCAGAGGAGAACACAAAAGUUGAUAAAAAUUUUCAACCUGACAAAGACGAGGAAUCGCAGGCCGAAAAAGAUGUUUUUAAAAAAGGUGUUUUGUAUAAGGGUAUAUUCUGCCCGUCACUGACAAACAGUUUUCACAACAGACAUUUAGAAUUGUCUUACUUGAAUUAUUCAAAUCGUCAAAGACAAAAGUCUUUGAUAAUGUUGAAUGUGAUUGAUCUUAGUUUGAAGAUCGCUCUCAUGACAAUUUGGCUGUGGAGGAGAAACAAAAAUUCUACCGGCUUGACAGAGUCCUUGUCUUGGACGGUGUGCUGCAUGCUGGCAAAUCUUGUAGUAUGCAUUCUUGGCUGGUGGCGAUGCUUUUCGAACAAGUAUUUAUACUGGGCUUCAAUAUUCACCUGGCUCCUUGUCAACUCACAAGGUUUCAUUGGUGCAAAUCUGACCUUUUCUACCCAGCAACGUCUAGUUUGGUACAUUCUAUUCGUUGUUUACGCUCCCUAUGCUAUGCUACCACUUCCUCUGCGGUGGUGUGUUCUUGCCGGCUUUGGCACUGCCUUGACACAUACAAUUAUGUCUGUUAUAAAUUUGAAAAACAACACCGAAUAUAAUGAAGUCUGCUUUCCACGUCUACUUACUACAAAUGUUCUACUUUACGUAGCUGUCAAUCUGGCGGGCAUGUAUACAAAAUAUUUAACUGACAGGGGGCAGCGACAGGCCUUCUUAGAGACACAUAGAUCACUUGAAACCAGGCAUAGGACGCAAAAUGAGAACAACAGGCAAGAAAAACUCCUGCUUUCUGUAUUACCGGAUUUCGUGGCAAGAGAAAUGAUUCGCGACAUUGCACGCGAAGAAGAAAGAGGAGGCACAAUAACAUUUACCCCUAAUCAAUUUCACAGAAUUUAUAUUCACCGAUACGAAAAUGUGAGCAUUUUGUUCGCAGACAUCAAAGGCUUUACAGCUUUGGCCAGUCAAUGUAGUGCCCAAGAGCUGGUGAAAGUAUUGAACGAUCUAUUUGCAAGAUUCGACAGACUAUCUUCAGAAAAUCAUUGCCUCCGGAUAAAACUUCUUGGCGAUUGCUACUACUGCGUCUCUGGCUUACCUACCGCAAGGAUUGACCAUGCACAUUGCUGCGUUGAAAUGGGACUCAGGAUGAUAAAGGCCAUUAGAGAUGUCAGAUACACAACCAAGACAGAUCUGAAUAUGCGGAUUGGAAUUCACAGCGGUUCAGUUCUCUGUGGUGUCUUAGGCCUUAGAAAAUGGCAGUUUGACGUUUGGUCAUACGACGUUACACUAGCCAAUCAUCUGGAAAGUGGAGGAAUCCCAGGGCGCGUUCACAUAUCCCUAGAUACUUUAAGGUGUCUGAAUGAUGUCUAUGAAGUUGAACCAGGCUACGGAGCGGACAGAGAUAAUUACCUCAAAGAUAGAAAUGUGGAAACAUAUCUCAUUAAGCAGCUGGAACCUAUGGGCACUAGACGUCGAUUUUCGGCACGUCCAAAACUCUACAGCUCUCCAGAAGAAGAAGCAAGUGCAAAGAGUAGGAAAAGCUUCAAAGCAAACCCUAACGCAGGGAGUACUGCAAACGCAAACAACAAUCCAGGAGUAGAGGAAGAAAUCAGCAUUGAUUGGACACCAGAAAUUCCGUUUGAAAAUCUGAAUAACGCGACUUCAAUGAGUAACUUGGAGUCAGAAUAUCUCGAGGAAGACGCGUCAGCACUGUCAAAGCCCCGGAAACCACAGUGUGGUUCAACAUUAGAAAAAUCUGGUGCAAUAGCUGAUCAUGCUAUAGAAACCGCCAGCAACAAACGCAUGAGAUCAGCCAAUAUCAAUACCUGGACUCUUAAGUACAAUGACGAAACCCUGGAAAUAAAGUUCUGUCAACUACGCGAAGAUAUGUUCAAAUCGAACAUGAUUUGUUGCUACGUAAUCUGGCUUUUCAUCGCAGUAUGCCAAGCCGUUGUCUCACCCAGUUGCCUGCCGCUCCUGAUCGCCCUGGGUUUUACAACAUUGGCAUUAACGUUGGCUUCUAUUUUGGUGAUGGCCGAGGAGUUCAACCACUUUCCGUCUAUCCUGAAGCACUUUUCAUCGAUGUUAACUCACGACAAACAACGUCGUACGGUAUUCAUUUGUAGCAUAAUAUCCUUGAUGGCUUUGACGUCAAUGUUAAGUGUGAUAGCUUGUCCGCGGUUUCGUAUUUGCAUCCAAGAGAAUAUGACCAAUUUUCCAUUACGUGAAGAGCAGAAAGCAGAGGCCAUCAUAGAGGGUUCAGAAGCUCGAGAAACGGCAAAGUCUGCUUCUAAAACUCUCGAUGAACUCUUCCUCAGCUUCUUAUCUGCCGCUCUUCAAGAUAAUAUUGAAGAUCAGCCUAAAGACGUGAGAAAAUUGAAAAAUGAGUAUAUUGAAAUGGGGAAUGGACAGCAGAACCAGGUCUCAAGGCAGUGCACCGAAAACGAAGGCGAUAAAGUUCAGUCCAGUAACAUUGAGGUAAAAGUUACUCACGUUUUAAAUGGAAAAAAAUCUAACAGCCCUGAGGAACGAAGGAUCCGGAAAGAAGUUGUCAGGUUUUACAAGUAUGAGAAAUACUUCAAAGAUAAAAAAUAUUCGCAUCGUGACAAAAGGCAUAAAAAUACUGGCAAGUCUAUAGAUAUUAGGGAGAACAAAACUGUAGAGAGCGUGUUCACAAGAAAAGUUCUCUCGAUAUAUUCUGACAAUGAAACUUCCACGGCAGCUCUAGAAUCGUGUGAAUCCGGUUACAUCGAUAGCUGCAUGCAUCCGGAGUAUGCUGUUUUUACAUGGAUACUUUGUCUUAUAGCGCUAGCAUCAGCUUUAAAACUUUAUUACCUUGUCAAAACAGCUUUAGCCACAAUCAUCGUGCUCGUCUAUGCUUUACUGAUACUUGUGAUCUAUAGGGAGCAUUUUACACUCAGAAUCAACGAAGAAAACACACGAACGAUUCCACUGUCAGCUCAGAUGCUCAUUUUUCUCGCCAUGUUUCUUGUAAUGGUGACAUACCAUGGCAGGCUUGUCGAGGUUACGUCACGACUUGAUUUUCUUUGGAAACAACAAGCUGAAAGAGAAUUAUCAGACAUGAUCGAAUCAAGGCAUAAUAACAUGCAACUACUCAAAAACAUUCUACCCGAUCAUGUUGCUCACCACUUUCUUACGCAGGACAGGGCACCGGAGGAGCUCUACUCCCAGUCGCGAGACAAAGUUGGCGUAAUGUUUGCCAGCGUUCCAAAUUUCACAGAGUUUUAUUCAGAAGAUGUGAAUAAGGGUAUGGAGUGCAUCAGACUGUUGAAUGAAAUCAUAGCCGAUUUUGAUGAACUCUUGGAUGAGACAAGAUUUCACUGCAUUGAAAAAAUAAAGACUGUUGGUGCAACUUACAUGGCAGCGUCUGGGCUAAACCCCUGUCAUAAUGAUAAGGAUAUCGAUGACAUGGAGCAUCUCUGCAGAUUAGUAGACUAUGCUGUUGCCAUGCGACAACGUUUAGAAGAUGUAAACGUCCAUUCUUUUAAUAAUUUUGAUUUGAGAGUCGGAAUAAGCUGCGGGCCACUUGUUGGUGGAGUAAUUGGUGCGAGAAAGCCUGUUUUUGACAUAUGGGGUAACACUGUGAAUGAAGCUUCGAGAAUGGACUCGACAGGAGAAAUGGGAAAGAUUCAAGUGCCAAAAGAAAUCGCAGAGUUUUUGAUCGUACGUGGUUAUCAGACACAGAAGCGUGGCUUGAUAGCAGUAAAGGGCAAGGGCACUAUGGAAACACAUUUCGUUUUAGGUAAGGGUGGAUUAAGUGCCGAAGAAACUUCAAAACUUACAAGUAACUGUCGAAGUCUAGCAGCUGUCGUUUAUGGGGUGGUCCAAGCCCGCAGAAAGCAGACUAGAGCGCUGCGGAGGACUUAAGAAUAGCAGAAAUUAAAAGAGAAAAAUCUAUUAAAAAAGAGAUCUACCGAAGAACUUUAUAGCUCAAAGGUAUUUUUAUGUGUAGGUAUAACAAUAGACGUUUUUCGGUAUUGGCUUACACAUCGCCAACACUACCGUCUAUGUCUUCUUUCCACUUUUAUGACUCCAUCCUCAGAUUAUCUCGUCUAUUUUAUCCUUACUCUAUUCUGGAUACGUGCAACAAAUUACAGACAAUCAGAGUUGAUUAAAUGUGAAGAUGUCGAUAACUUCUUUCUUUUGUUCACUGUCGUCAUUGUUGUCCAAACACGUUUUAUAAUCAGUGAAACCUACGUCAAUAUAGUAUGUUUAAAUUAUUACAUAUCACUAUUAUUAUUGAGGAAUGAAAUUGUAUAAGUAUGACUAUUAUUUAUUGAAUUAUACACUCCGAAGAGGUAUAAUUAUUAUUAAUAAACUCUCGUAAAUUAA